AUGGUUAGUAAAACCAGCUUCUGCUUUUGCUUCCUAAAUCGUAAGAGUAGCAAAACUAAGGAAGAAGGAUCUUCAAAUUCAAAAUCAAAUCGAAAAAAUAGAGAUAUCAAUGCUGAUGAUAAUCGUGCCGAUGGUAGUAGCCACGGUGGAGCCACCUCCAAUACAGGCGGCAAUGACGCCGGAGCAGCGGCAGUUGCGUUCGUAGCCACCUCACAUCUAGCUGACAUGGAUGGUGGUGCGGAUGGUAGUUCUCACGGUGGUGGUGGUGGCAGCGGCGGCGGUGAUGGCGGAGGAGGAGGAGGAGGAGAAUGA